AGCGGUGUUCCGCAAGUUUCCCAAAAAGCGGAGAGGCUCGGCUGCCGAGCGCAGAAAGCGCCGCUUCUUUCACAGCAAAGGAUCCUUUUUGCCAAGGGGCGCUGAGCGCACCGACCGACCCCCCUCCCCCGAGCCAAUACCAUGAUGCUCCAACACAUAGGACAAGCAUCUGCAUCAGAUGUCAGUACAGCAGCGGUCGUUCCAUGUAUCUCGCCCUCAAUGUCUUUGGUAUUUGAUGAGUUUACAAACAUUACCCCUUUGGUCAAAGAAGAGCUGCGAUUUGCCAUUCAAAGCAAACGGAUAUCAAAUGGAGUGUCAACCAUGGAAUAUUUAAUAGGAACUGAGAGUUCAAACGAAACAAUAGAAAGAAAGGUGACGCCACAGGAAGAUGAGAGAAGAAGACGAAGAAGGGAAAGAAAUAAAAUAGCAGCAGCUAAAUGUCGAAAUAAGAAGAAGGAAAGGACAGACAUAUUACAAAAAGAGUCAGAAAAGCUGGAAUCUCUGAACGCAGAGCUGAAAGCACAAAUCGAAGAAUUGAAAAAUGAGAAACAGCAACUGAUUUACAUGCUGAACCUGCACAGGCCUACGUGUAUAGUCCGGGCUCAGAAUGGGAGGACUCCAGAGGACGAGAAGAAUCUUUUCAUCCAACAGAUCAAGGAAGGAACAUUGCAGAACUAAAUCAUAAAGGAAAUGAAUCAUGGAGCCGCAGAGUCCGUCUCCCAGGAGGCACCAAGAACAGAAGUAGCUCUACGUUAGUAUGGUACUAACUCGCUAGUCCGAAGAGUUUGCACUUUCAGCAUAAUGGAUAUCUUCUGUUUCACUAUUAACUGUUGAACCUGGACAAAUGCUGCAUUAAAACUGCAUGCAAACAGGGGAAAAACACACACUCACUUACUCUCUGCCUUGACAUUAGGCUGCACAAUUAUUUUUUACUAUUGACGCAGGCGUCAUGCCUUUUAUUAUUCUCUAUUGCUGUUGAUGCCCAGUUGAUGUACCAGCAUGCCAGCCGUGUUUAUGGUAUUUUUACUUUGAGACCGUGUGACACUUAUACUUUGUAGCUUUUAUUCAAGUCUGUAGUGUUUACGCCAGUUGUCUAGGAUAUUAUUGCGAGCGUGUUACAUUAGUUUUGGAAGGAAAAGCAAUGUUACCGCAAAAUCUAAGCAUGUAUGUACAAGUACUAAAGAGAUUUUAAUGGAGUGCUCUAAUAUAACUUUUUUCUACAUUGUGAUAGUUGAGGUGUGCAUUUGAUACAUUUAAUAAUAAAAAUAUUGUCUUAU